AUGGCUAAUCGCUGGAAAUAUAUGGGACACGAGAUUGGGGGUUGGGUUGCCACGAAUCCUGAACCAGUUCAAAAACUUGUGUUUAAACUUGAUAAAUAUAAGUGGAAAGGAAACGGACAAUAUGCUCGUUUACCUGAACAUUACAAACAACGUGCUAUCGAACAUCUAUAUGGAAAUAAGGAAGAUGUACAUGAAGUACGCGAUAAACGAAAAUUUAUUGUCAAUCAUGAGACAGGCGUUUGGACUCGAACUAAACAUGUACCUGUAACUGUUGUACCAACUGUGCAAGCCGAUAAAGGUUUAUGGGGUGGUGAAGGUGUACUGAUUGGUUAUGAAGACGGUAAUGUUGUUGAUGAAUAUUAUCGAUGUUUUAUUUCGGUGCCUAAACUAAUGAAAUUACUAUUCUACAGUGAAAUUCUUCAUCAGCAUUAUGCUAUUUGUGUUACACGACGUACAAUUGCAAAAAUCGAAGAAGCCACAACACUAGACCAUUAUAUUCUUAAAACUCCUCUUCAAGAUCUUAACUCGAAAUUCGGUUAUGAUCUUCGUCGACAAAUGCUACAUAAACUAGUUAAUAAUGGAGAAAAUCUGUGGUCAGAUAAUCCAGAAAAACAACGAAUAAUAUACGAAAAAUACAAACAAUAUCAAGUACCUAAAGAAGAAAUUGAUUGGAUUGGUUUGUUACCCGAUGAAGCAUUAGAAAAACUCGAAAAAGAAGAAGAUGAAAAAUAUGAACGAUCGAUUCGACCAUGGAAAGAAUUAUUUCGUGAAUCACUCAUUACUGAACUUUCUCGACGACAAAAAAAUAAUGAACCUAUUGAUAUAACACCAGUUACAACUAAACCACCACCAAAGACAUUGAAGGAAAAAGUAAUCAAUAAACUAUGGGGCUCCUGA